CAGUCAUUUGUGCUUAAGAUUGUCUCCAGUUUAACUUCUCAAAAUGGCAUUUAGUUUUGUGAUAGUGUUUUUUCUCCUUGGUACUGUGGAAGCUUAUAUAAACAUGGCAAUGUAUAGACAACAGAUCUUAGAUCACCAUAAUCAAGUUCGUCGGAUGGAGCCUUCUUCUAACAUGCAAAAGCUGACAUGGAACACACAGCUUGAGAACGAAGCUACAAUGUGGGCAAGCCAAUGUAUGUUUGACCAUCAACAACUUGGUCGUGGGGAGAAUUUGGCAAUGCACACUGCUCCAUGGGACUAUCCAAGACUUAUUUCAGUUGGAAUUCAAAUGUGGGCUGAUGAAAAGAGACAAUAUACAUAUGGUAGUUCUGGAUUUUCACAGGCGACGGGCCAUUAUACACAGAUGGUGUGGGCUGAUACUACUCAGGUCGGCUGUGGAAUGACCAGAUGUCCGAGUUUGUCCAUGGGAGGAGGUACUCCUAUGCAGAAUGCCUGGUUCUUAGUUUGCUUUUAUAAUCCAGCUGGUAAUUAUAUUGGACAAUUGCCAUUCAAACAAGGUCAAUCGUGUUCCAUGUGUGGUAGAGGACAGUAUUGUGACCAAGGUCUUUGUUCCAGUACUCCAGGAUCUCCAUCUACAGGACCUUACCCUCAAGGAGGCGGUGCUCCUGGUGGUGCUGGUGGUCAUGGUGCUGGUGGCCAUGGUGCUGGUGGUCAAGGAGCUGGUGGUCAAGGAGCUGGUGGCCAUGGUGCUGGUGGUCAAGGAGCUGGUGGUCACGGUGCUGGAGGUCACGGUGCUGGUGGUCACGGUGCUGGUGGUCAGGGUGCUGGUGGUCAAGGUGCACCAAGCGGUCAUGGAGCUGGAGGUCACGGUGGUCAAGGUGCUAGUGGUCACGGUGCGGGAGGUCACGGUGCUGGAGGUCAAGGUGGUCAAGGUGCUGGUGGUCACGGUGCUGGAGGUCAAGGUGGUCAAGGUGCUGGUGGUCACGGUGCUGGAGGUCACGGUCAAGGUGCACCAAGCGGUCAUGGUGCUGGUGGUCACGGUGCUGGAGGUCAGGGUGGUCAAGGUGCACCAAGUGGUCAUGGUUCUGGUGGUCACGGCGGUGGCCAUGGUGGUCAAGGUGCUGGUGGUCAUGGUGCUGGUGGUCAUGGUGCUGGUGGUCAAGGUGCUGGUGGUCAAGGAGCACAAUCUCCUGUUAUUAGCGGCGGACCUGGUAUGCCAAAAAUAGAAUUUGUUAAUGGAUUCCCUGUUAUAACACUCGGUGGAAACCCCGCUGCUUCUCCUGCUGGUGGACAAUCUCCUGGUGGUGGACAGUCACCCGCUGGUGGACAAUCUCCUGCUGGUGGACAUGCUCCUGGUGGUGGACAUGCUCCUGGUGGUGGACAAUCUCCUGCUGGCGGACAAUCUCCUGGCGGAAUGGGAGGCUCACUCGUCAGUAAAACACCAGGUGGUACAAUAAACAUAAUGGAUUUCCUAGGUGGCCUUUCACCAAAACCUAACGCAGGACCAGCGUGUAGAGACAGACAGCCUUGGUGUGCAACAUGGGCUGAGUUAUGUCUGGAUCCAACACAUUCUAGAAAAAUGAACUCACAGUGUGCUCAAACAUGUGGAAAAUGUCCACCCACUGCUGGAGGAGGGCCACCAUGCAUCGAUGCUGUUGAAGGUUGUAUGUUUUGGAAACAAAUAGGAAUGUGUCAAGUACCAUUUUACCAAACGUAUAUCAAGGAGACUUGUGCUUUAACAUGUAACAUGUGCUGAAUUAAACUGAAAGAAUUCCAAAACGUUUACAGUAUCUCUACAAAUGUCCCAUGAAAGACUAGAAUGCAUCCAAGUAGUGCAACGUGUUGGUGUUGAGACGGGACGUGUUUUGCUGGCAAAAUUGAUCUCAUGUUAAUGAAUUCCUCGAGUGGCAGAGGAAAAUGACUAUGUUGUGAUUUGUGUUAUAUUUUUGUACAAUAGAUGAUAUGUUUCCAAUAAAUUAUUUUAUAUUUGU